UUACGUUAGCAGCACUGGCUAAACCGGUUGAACAGGGUGAUUAGUGCAAUAUAGAGGUAAACAAAAUGAUUUGUUGAUUUGACUUGCAAAAUGUAAUAUAAUAGGAAAAUGACAAAGUCAAUAUGCCGAACUUGCUUGGAAAGUUCGAAAGUCAUGGUCAAUAUAUUUGAUGAUCCCCAAUACUUGGGAUGUAAUAUUGCGGAUAUGGUAUCGCAGUGCAUACACUUUCCCCUUUCUAGAGGCGAUUUCCUACCCGAAACCAUUUGUCUGUCCUGCCUAAAGGAUGCUAAAAGUGCCUUUGACAUAAUCACGAAAUUCCGAACGAGUCACCAGUUUCUCAAUGAGUCUGUAUGCAAGGUUUCGCUGGAUGACAAGGAAACGAGCGACCAACAGUUUCGUUGCCAAGUUAAGAAGGAAGAAACCGUAGAGGACUUGUCGCAAGUAGGGCCUACCAAUGAACACCGAUUCCAAGUCAAGAUGGAGAAGUUUGAAACUACUUUGCCCCACGAAGAGCCCUUCAAAGAUGAUCCAUUCCAAACCAACAACGGUUUCCCAACGGAAAGAGAUCCCAAAGGCGAGCAAUUCACAUGCGAAUAUAUAAAAGACCCCAGAGCAAAUUCUGCAAAAGAAGAGGCUUCAUUACAUCUCCCAGAGGAAGAGUCUGCCGAGGAUGAGAGAUUCCAAUGCCACGUCAAGAAUGAGCCCAUUGACGAAGAUCUCUCAGAGGAAGAAGACUACUGCGAACUCGAUCCGGUCGAUCAGCACAUAAAGACUGAGGACAUAGAAGAGAAUGUCCUGGAAGGUAGUCCUCGAGUCGAUGAGAUGCACGAUAACAACAGUGUGGAACCAGACCGCAAGCAUCAAUGCCCACAUUGCCCAAAGAGUUAUCAUCGCUCGUUCGCGCUAAAGGAACACCUCAUAGUGCACACGAAGGAGAGGCCAUUCGAGUGCUCCCGCUGCCCGAAGAGAUUCAAAUCGGCCAGAUACCUGAAGGAGCACCAGACCAUUCACACCGGCGAACGGCCAUUCAAGUGCACGCAUUGCUCGAACGCGUACCGAAAGAAGACAUGCCUUCAGCGGCAUAUCCAAACCUACACGGGAGUACGACCCUUCAAGUGCACCCACUGCCCCAAGACGUUUGCCACCGACUACGAUUUUCAGUCGCACAUACGGAAUUAUUCGGGCGAGAAGCCCUACAAGUGCAACGCCUGCUCCAAAUCCUUUGCCACCCAAUCCGUGCUCAAUGUGCAUGCCCGCAUACAUACUGGCGAUAAGCCCUACAAGUGCAACGAGUGCUCGCGCGCCUUCCUAUGGAACUCCAGUCUCCAGGGUCACAUGCUACGGCUCCAUUCCAAGGAGCACCCCUUCAAGUGCCCCAUUUGCACCGCAUCCUUUUUGGCGGAGAACUCCCUGAAUCGGCAUAUGCGGAUGCACAGGAAGCAGCAGAUCUUGUGAUCGGUCUUCGUUGACAAAGGGACAGGCGGA